AUGGAUUCUUCUCAAGGUUCCAAGUUGGCUGGUUUGGUGCAGAAUGCAUCCGUUAAGAGGGAUGGGUCUAGUUUGGAUCGUGUUCCUGUUUAUGUUAAGGAGUUGAUUGCUGGUGGAUUUGCUGGUGCUCUUGCUAAGAGCUCCGUUGCACCUCUAGAACGGGUCAAGAUACUCUGGCAGACUAGGACCGGAGGAUUCCAUAAUCUUGGUGUUUACCAAUCUAUGAAUAAGUUGCUAAAGGAUGAAGGGUUUCUAGGAUUAUAUAAAGGAAAUGGAGCUAGUGUUAUCCGGAUUGUUCCAUAUGCAGCCUUGCAUUUUAUGACAUAUGAGCGGUAUAAAAGUUGGAUCCUUAACAAUUACCCCAUUUUAGGAACGGGUCCUUCUAUUGAUCUUUUAGCUGGCUCGGCAGCAGGGGGGACUUCAGUUUUAUUUACAUACCCCUUAGAUCUCGCCCGUACCAAACUUGCUUAUCAGUUGGUGGACACAAAAGUAUGUAUCAAAGAUGGUAUUAAAGGAGUUCAUUCUCAACCAAUAGGUCCUGUACAUAAUGGGAUUAAAGGUGUACUUACGAGUGCCUAUAAGGAAGCUGGAGUUCGUGGACUUUAUAGAGGUGUAGGUCCUACACUCACUGGAAUUCUUCCAUAUGCCGGUUUGAAGUUCUAUACUUAUGAGAAAUUGAAGAUGCAUGUUUCUGAAGAACAUCAGAAGUCCAUUUUUAUGCGCCUUUCUUGUGGAGCUCUUGCUGGAUUGUUUGGGCAGACUUUAACAUACCCUUUGGAUGUUGUUAAGCGACAAAUGCAGGUUGGGAGCUUGCAAAAUGCAGCUAACGGAGAUGCCAGAUACAAGAAUACAUUAGAUGGACUCAGAAAGAUUGUUCGAAAUCAAGGGUGGAGGCAGUUGUUUGCAGGCGUGAGCAUUAACUACAUAAGGAUUGUUCCUUCAGCUGCAAUUAGUUUCACCACAUAUGACAUGAUGAAGGCAUGGCUUGAUGUACCACCCCAACAAAGGUCUAAAUCAGUUUCGGCAGGAUAG